GAGUGUUGUCUAAGUCCUGAAAAAAUAUAUUGAUUUAAACACGUGUUUAUAUUGUUAUUUUUUGGUUGGUCAUCGAAUUUUAAUUAAAGUGAUUAUUUUUGAAUUAAAAUGAAAUAAAUACCUGGUAGUGCUCCAACGUGGAUCAUUCCAAUAAUAGAACAUUUUUUUUGAAAUAAUUUCCUGAAUUUAUCCAUUCUUAUGAUGAUAUAACACAAUGUCAAGAUCAUUGAAACGUUAUAUAUACAAAGGAUUUUUACAAAAAAACACUAGAAAAUUGUUUAAAUAUACAAGUAUUGGUUUAGCAAUCACUUCAGUGCCAGUUAUAUCUAAUUAUAAUGAUGGAAGUGCUAUAGUGAAUCAAGCAAAUGGAUUAAUACGGUUUUUAAGGUCAUUAAAAAUAGGAUUAUCGAUAUCUUUAGAUUAUUAUAUAUACACGAUAGGUUUAAAUGAAUCUUCUCCUAAUUACAAACCGAUGAUGAGUCGUAUUCAUAAAAAAUCCGCCGAAAAUAUUCUACGAGGUUGUUUAACAAACGGCGGAUCUUACAUAAAAUUAGGCCAAGGGUUAGUUUCAAUGAGUCACAUCCUCCCUAAGGAAUAUAUCGAUACCUUAAAGUGCUUACAGGAUAAAUGUUUGACGAGGGACGAAGGAGAAUUACGCGAAAUUUUUUUGAAAGAUUUCGGAAGAGAACCCGAACGAAUGUUUCAAAAAUUCGAUAGGGAACCGAUAGCCGCGGCCAGUAUCGCACAAGUAUAUAAAGCUGUCACGAAUGAAGGCGCCCCGGUGGCAGUCAAAGUCCAAUACAUCGAUCUUCAACAACGUUUCAAAAACGACAUUAACACUAUUAGAAUGUUGUUGAAGAUCGCCGGUUUUCUUCAUCCUUCUUUCGAUUUUUCAUGGGUAAUUGACGAUAUGGAGGAAACUUUGAAACAAGAACUCGAUUUUAUUAAUGAAGGAUUGAAUGCCGAAAGAUGCGCGCGAGAUUUACGACAUCUCUCGUAUAUACAUGUCCCUAAAGUGUUUUGGCAUUAUACCAGUUCGAGGGUUUUAGUUACCGAAUUCAUCGACGGUUAUGGAAUUAGCGAUAUGGAAAAUUUGAAAAAACAAAAUUUUUCACUAUCAGACAUAAAUAAAAAAUUAUUUGAAGCUUUCGGUCAUCAGAUAUUCCAAACCGGGUUCGUUCACGGCGAUCCCCAUCCCGGAAACGUAUUAGUGAGGAAAGUGAAAGGUAAAACGGAAUUGGUAUUGUUAGAUCACGGUUUGUACCAAGAGGUUUCAAAAGAAGACUGUUUUGCUCUUAGUAAUUUAUGGAGGGCUAUCGUGUUCAGUGAUCACGUUAAUGUUGAGAAAUUCUCGAAAAUGUUGGGAGUCGAAGAUUUUGAAUUGUUUGCUGAAAUUUUAACACAAUCUCCGUUGAGGUCGCGAGGGUUUCGAUUGAAAGUCCGUUUGUCUGAGGAAGAUUUAAGACAAAUGACAGAAUUUGCUAAAAAUAGGUUCGAUAACAUCAUGGUGUGUCUAAGAGAAAUGCCAAGGUCACUUUUAUUGGUAUUAAGAAAUUUGAACACAAUACGUGCGAUAGCACAUCACCAUGGAAAUCCCAUAGAUAGAUAUACAACUUUAGCUAGAACGGCAACGAAAUCAUUAUACGGCGAUGAUAAUACGAUAGGAAAGAAAUUUGUUCACUUACCUGCCUAUAUUUACUUCGAAAUUGUUUUACAAUUCCAAAGAAUCGGAAGAUGGUUCAAGAAGAAAACAUUAAAAAUUAUGUAUUUAUUAGGAUUCACCCCUAAUAUGGAAUUAUUUCAAAAAUUCAUACUGUAAAAACAUAAAAUUUUGUUAUUAAAUCGUUUAAUAAAAA